CGUACUCACGUCACUCUUUUUUGUAUUCCAAAAUGGCGUUAGGCAGGGUGGUGAGACGCGUGUUGCGUAUCGGGACAGCUUUGAGGGUCAAAACCAGUGCAAGGCUUUUUAAAACAGAAGCACAUUUAGGUGUAUUAUGUCGACGGGCUGCACCUCUGGGUCCAAUGCCCAACGCAGGCAUAGACUUGGAGAACCUGGAGUCGCUGGAGAAAUAUCGCAGCUACACACGUUAUGUCCAAGUGGCAGAGAAGACUAAUAAUAAAGAGGUUUGGUGGAAGACGUACAGGAAAUACACAGAGACAGAACAUGACCAUGGUACAUGCGACAUCUAUAUUGGUCUUAAGGAUGAGGCAGAUUUUGAGCCAGUGAACAUCGGGCUGCCUCACUGUCGGCCUUCCAGAAAAGUGGAAGUUAAAGAGAGGAUAAGGGUGACGAAGCAAAACAAAAACAACUCCGACCUGGAGAGGGCUACCCGCCUGCGCACCUUUCGCAUUCCCUUGGACAGAGUGAAGGCAGAAUGGGAGAAAACAAACGGGCCACAUCACAUUCAGAGGCUGGCAGAACACUACGGAAUCUACCAGGAUCUUUUCCCCAUGGCUUACUUUGUGCCAAGAGUCAUGCUGAGGGUGGCAUAUGGAGAUGACAGUAGUGCCAUGGUGCAUUAUGGCAACCAUUUAUCACCUAGUCAGGCAUCGUUAGCACCUCACGUAAGCUUUGAGGCAGAAGAGAAUUCUCUCUGGACAUUGCUCCUGACAAGCCCAGAUGAGCAUUUACAGGAUAGUGAGCAAGAAUAUGUUCAUUGGCUAGUAGGAAAUAUUCCAGGAAAUGCGGUACAUUCUGGACAGGAAGUGUGUCAAUACAUUGCACCAUUUCCCACCAAGGGAACUGGUUACCACAGAUACAUCUUCCUCCUGUUUAAGCAGGAAGUACUUGUUGACUUCAGCAGUGAUCUCCUGCCUUCUCCCUGUUACAGUCUAAAGAAGCGAAGCUUUAAGACACUGGAAUUCUACAGGAAACAUGAAGACCUGAUCACCCCUGCUGGACUGGCUUUCUUUCAGAGCCAGUGGGACAGCUCUGUCAGUGACGCCUUUCUCACACGGUUCAAUAUGAGGGAGCCAGUGUUUGAAUAUGAUAGACCUCCUGUGUACCACCCACCGCAGAAAAAAUACCCUCACGGACAGCCACUCAGAUAUUUGGAUCGCUACAGGGGAGGAAAAGAACAUACCUAUGGCAUUUACUAAACAUGAACACACAUUUGUAAAAAUGUUUUGUUGUAAAUAUAAAUCUGAUCCAGUGAAAUUCUCAGUGUAUGUGAUUUCAUAAUGCAGAUACAUACAGCAAUAUGUGGUAAUUAGAUGUGAAGGUUUACAAUCUCUGCAAAAACCUAAGCAAACACGACAGCUAUCUCUCGCGUGCAUGCAUAGCGUUAAGGCUUGAUCUACGCUUCAGAAGAAUACUGUUUUUUUUUUCCUGCAUGUCUUGUUGCUCUAUAAAGCAAAACUUAUUUUAGA